AUGCCACGAAGGUCGACACGAGCUCAACGACGACAAUCAAAACGUCCAAGUGCAUCAAAUCAGAUUGAUGUCGAGCAAGUAGAGCGAAAACAAUUUGAUUAUCGUGAUUCGUGCUUCAAGGGGCCGUUUCUUGUUCACCUCUGCGACUUGGACUUCGGACAAAGCGAAAAUCGACUAAUUGAAGACGGAAACAAUGUUACACGACUCACCCAGAUCCUAAAUAUCCAGGGCUGCUUACGAUUGAGCAGGGAGUUUCAUGUUCCAGUGGUAAUAGAUGCUGCAGACUGGCUUACCAAGGUCAAUUCACGAGAGCCAACAUUAGUGCGUGGCCUGCGUAUGGACCAACUCGAGAUUAGAUCGGACUAUACUCUACCAGCGCUAGACCAUGAGAACGUUAUUAUUGCAGCUCGCAAAAUGUUCAAAGAGCUCCAAAUCGAGGAUCCUUGGUGGGUAGCAGAUGUCUACGUCACAGGAGCGAAUAAUGACCUGGCUCUUCGUGGCGAAUUGGUGCGAAGCCUGCAAGAGAGCUUCCCGAAUGACCAGCGCCCUUCGGACGGACGAAUAUACCGAAAUAUUCGCUAUUAUCAAGGUAGCUUCACAGAUCUCCGCAAUGAGACUGCAGAAAGUUAUUGGUGGGCUCUCUUAGAGUCCGAGCCUGGAAGUCGAAAGGGAGAUUAUCUGCGCACUCUCCCAGAGAGCUUGCAAAUGGCCUUUGAUGCUCUCCUUCCCAUAACUGGUAUAUGGGCCGGUAUGAGCAUUGGCGUUUUGCAUAAAUUGAAAGCUAUGAAAUGCGAUGAGGAUAUUCUGUAUCUGGAUGUCGGGCAAUGCGUCAUGCGACAACUGUGUUUUGCACCGCCCAAUGGGAACAGUACCAUUGACGAGGUCCUGAGAAGUCAAUGCAGUGGGUUCACUUCCGGUUUGUUAUCUAGAUCUUACUGGGAGCAAACAGUACAAAACGAGCAGCUCCAGGAUCUUUGGCGGUUCAGUUUUCAGUAUGCGUAUGAAUUAACCCCUAAGAGGGACCACCACCGUCGUGUUCCACGAAAGAAUAGGGACAAGAAACGUGCCUUCUUUAUAAGUGCCAACGAAGAAUUGAAUGGCAUUCCGUCGUUGCUACUUCUACGCCAUUUCCUUGUGCUGGCUCGAGGUUACGAUUUUGAAGUUCCCAUAAGCGAAGGGGAUCCAUUAAGCGAAGCUAGUGAUCUUCCCCGCCCACAUCCAUGCGACUUUCCCCCAAACGGCUACGACGAUGUAGAGACCGAGCGACGGUCCGGGAGACCAUUCACAGACUCUGUGCAUGCUGACAGAUUUGCCCUUUCUAGAGAAGCUUUGGGACAAAAUUGGGAUUUCGGGCGGGUCAGCGCAGGCUUUGUGCGUCGGUCGGUAUUUCGAGCAUUCUUUUCAUACCUUAACGCUGGCAUCGCCGAAAGCCCGCAUUAA